AGGACAACAACAAUAACGCAUAAGCGCUUUUCCCAAAAGCUCCAAGGGAAAGCUAUUUUUUUCUCUCAUCAACCUAACAACAACAACAACAACAAUACGCUCAAACUCUUAAUCUAAUUUUUCAGAAAAAUCGAUAGAACAAACAACCAACAAUCGGACUCAGUUCUGUUUUGGUUCUAGUUUGGAGGUUUCGACUCAAUGCAGAGUUUGGAUUCGAGCAGAGCUUUUUCACGGUUAAGAUUUUGCAUUCGAGCCAAGUUUUCGGUACAGAUUUUGAUUUGAAUUAAAAUUAAAGCGAGUAUGCAACAUCAUAAAGCUAAAUUGGAUGAGAGCUUAGCGGUUGAGAUGAAGAAAAAUGCAGAUUUCGUCCUCACCCGCAAGGUGUUCGAUGAAAUGUCCCAACCGGAUUCUUUAUUCUUUUUGCUUCAGUUUUGAUUUUUCUUAUACUGUGAUGUUGUGUUGUUGGUGAUUAUGUUCAAAUCGCAGAUUGUGAGUUUGUUAUGAUGUUGUUGUUAUUGCCAUCUUGGAUUUCAAAUAACAAUGUAUUUAUCAUUACAUGUUUUUACAUGUUGUUAGGAAAUAAUGAUAGGAAAGAUGAAGCAAAAACUUAUUAGGUGGAGUUGUUUCAUACGUAAUGGUAUAUAGGUGAAAGUACUUAAGAAAUUGAGGGAGUAAUUUGAUUUAUUCAUGAAGUACUUCUUGUUUCUUCAUGGAGUUAAAUAAUAAGAUAACUACGUUUUUGGUUGCAGGUAUCUCCAUCUAAAAAGUUUCAGCCUUCAAAGAAUGUUAUUGGCUUUUGUACUUUUUAUAUGCACUCACAUUUAGUAAUCUGAAUUUUAAGGUUGCUGUCAUUCUCAUUCUAUGAAAGCUCUGAAUCUUUUUAUGCAGACAGCAUUUGAGGCGAAUCUACACCGCGAGAUUUCUCAAAUUUUGGCGUCGUGAUUGGAAAUACUGGCGGCACAGCGGCGGGAGGUUUUUCAAUUUUACUUUUAGAUAUAAACUCCAUAAUUUGUUUUUACGUUAUCUAUAUACUUGUACUGAAAAUUUGUUUUAGUUAACAUUUGUUUUUCUACUUUACUCUUAGAUAUAUUUUGAUUCAUGUUAUGUUAUAGUUAAAAUAAAAUAUCAACAUAAAAUUUGAUGGGAUUAUAUAAUUUGAAAUAUUAAGAGUAAAUAAAUGUCCGAGGAACCAUAUUAUCAUUUUUCAUGUUCCUUUGAUGCUAUGAACUAUGCACAUUGAAACCGUUAUACCGAAAAUGAUAGUGAAAUGGAUAACACAUCAUCCAAGAGUAGCUCAUCUUUGCAAAAGCAGUUAAUGGUGGGUUUACUACAUCCCAAGGCAUACAAGCCAUCAGGGUAUGUAAAAGUGAAGGGAGAUAUAACAUUCUAUUAUAACUGCUGUUAAGAAUUUGUAAAUUCACUAUUUCUGACAGUAGUUUCAGUGCCUCUUCACACACCGACACUGAGGUUUGUUAAAUUGGAUAUUUAAUUUUUUUUAUUAAUUUAAUUAAUUGUAUUUGAUGUUAAUUAAUUGAUUAAUGAGAUUAGUUUAAUUACGGUGCAUAGGUUAAUUAGUGAACAAUAUAGCGGAAAUAUUGAGUUACAACAACCGAGUCCCGUAUCAGUUCUUGAAUUGUCGUUUUACAAAGACGACUCGCCGUGUUCACCAUCUCCAGUAAUGAAAAGAUGCUUUGAAUAUAAAGCUACAAAGACUAAUCCAUUUAAUGCUGGAAAGCCUAUCAUCAUUAUUUGAGUCCUCGGCCACGGGUGAUCUGAAUUUGCUUGAGUUCUCUGCAGAGUUUCUUGAAGAUCUUAUUCCAUCUUUAUUGUUUUGGACUAUGAUGUGCUUAACUUGGAAAUGCCAACACUUCCUGUUGUUGGAAUAAUGAUAAAAGCUGGAAUUAAGAUCGUAAUUUAUAGCACAAUUCACAAUGUUAUUUCACGUUCUUCAUGCUUUCCUUCUCUCAACCUAAAUUCAUAUAAAUUCGAACUAGGUGGAGGUCAGGGAAGUCGUGGAGGAGUACCUGAACCCUUUUUGAUUCCUCAUUUGUUUAUUUGGCCUCAUGGAGGAACAGCUGUGUUUUUGUCUGGUUCUUUCACCGGCCUGAGUUUGUUCGAAGCGGUGGCCACCGUACUCCUCUGCCGUAGAGUCCUCGAGUUCCUAUGGAGUUUCUGUCAAGGCCAUCGUGUGCUUCAGCUCUUGAAGUCACAAAGGCUAUUGCACCAGCUCAUUCUCAACCACCUAUUUCAUCAUGCAUGCCAUCAAAUGGUUCUAUUCCUGAAGAAAACAGUAUCUACUCUAUCUCUGAGGAACUCUCAAUUGUGUCUAAGAAUCAGUUUUCCUUCGCUUCUUCUGCUACUUCACAGCUUGUCCUUGAACGCAUUAUGUCACACUCUGCUAGAGGCGGUGUUGUUAUGUUUACUAGAGCACUUCGUUUAUACCAACGUCAAGGAAAUCAAUGUGCUUUGCCCUGAGUCAAAGGUGGAUCCUAAGUUCCUUAAUAUGAUGGGGGGCUUUAUACCUAUGGAAACAGUGGUGAAAGGUAAGUCUGCAUAUCUUUUUGUUAUUUGGUGUGCCUUGGAAAAAUAGUGCUAAGCGUUUGUACUUUCUAGACUCUUAAAUCCCUGAGUUAAUAAUUUAGUGAUUGGUCUAUACUUCUUAUCAUGUAUACAUAAAUUUUAAUGUGAAAAUAUUUUAACCUCUCGAAGGGGAUUUUGAGUUCA